GACGGGCCGAGCGCGGGUGUAGGUUUUCGGCAGUUGACACCUUCGCGGGUGUUCUUGACGUGCGUUUGUAUGAUGACGUAAGCCGGCACCGGCGUUGCACCCCCAGCACGCUGCGCGUCCCGUUCGACCGUCCGACCGCCCGACCGCUCGGUGGGAUGAAGCGGCGCUAAUCUCCGCCGACUGACACACGCCGAGGAGCGACCGGUGUUCGCAGGCAUGGGCGACGCACUCGCGGCUGUCACCUCUUGAAAAUCCGUCAGCAGCUCUGGCACUCCGUAAAGCUGCCACCAUGGCCUCCGCCACGGAGCAGCAGCAGCAGCAGCAGCAACAGCAGCAGCAGCAGCAGCAGACGACGCUGGAGUUUUAUCAAGCGAUGGCCGAUUUUAAGAACAUGUUCCCACAGAUGGACGACGACGUGAUAGAGGCUGUGCUGAGAUCCAAUCAGGGUGCCGUGGACACCACGAUCGACCAACUGCUCACCAUGAGCACCGACAAUGAGAACGAGAAGAUCAGGAGCGAGAUGGAGCAGAAGGAGGAGCUGCCGAGCACCGCCAAGUCACCCAGGAAAGACUCGGGCAAGUCGAGGAGCAUUGAAAAGUGGCAGCCUCCGCUGCUGGGACCAUUGCCGGACGCCUUUCUCAGGCUGCCCCAGCAGUUGUCGGACGACGGUACCGACCCGGCGUAUUCGCAGGACAGCUCGAUGCUGGAGGACGAGAGGAUCGCCAUGUUCCUGCAGAACGAGGAGUUCAUGGCGGAGCUUCGUUGGAACGAAGACUUCCUGUCCACGUUGGAAAACGACUCGAAGCUGGAGAAAUGCGGCAGCCAGGCCGGUCACGACGACGAGGAUUUGUUCAAAGAAAGACUGAAAAACAUGGGCAAACUAUCCCGACGUAAAUUCGCGCAACUUACGAAGGUGUUCACUCGCAGCAAGAAACGUGGCGGCAGGCAGUUGUUACCACCGACGGCUUCUUGCGACGACCUCCUGGACCCGGAGGAAUCAUCCAAGCCUCAAUCCUAAAGAAAGAUCUGUAUAUCCGUGCGAUCCUGCUGGAAUGUUCGCCUUCGCCUCUCGUCAAGGAGACGGGGGAGUUCAACGGCGUUUGCAGCUUAAUGUAAUUCAGUCGUCGCAACAUCGCGGAGAGAAGCAUAUCUGUGCUGCAACUCUUGCGAGAGACGUGGCAACCACGUCGGGAUCGCGCGAGAUAUAAGUUAAUUAGCGAUUCAAGUUUCUAGCUCACUCGACGGCUGACAAUCAGCUGCGGAGAUAAUAGAGUUGCAAGGUCGAAGAUCCGAAGGCGCGUAAGCGAUAAAACGCGGAGUCCCUCGUAGUGUGAAUAUCAAGUGAGACACGUGACUGGGAUAAAGAAGAUUAUCAAAAGAUCCGUAUCUCUCGGUAAUUAUGCAAGGUAUACGUAGGGAUUAAUUAAUCUUGAAGCAUUAAUCAAUCUUAGUGCAUUAAUUAAUCUUAAUGUAUUUUCUAGUGAGGACGCAGAUCCGUUUGUUCUGAUAAAUUCAGUGUGAUAUUUUAACGAUGUUGUGACGUAAAUUUUAUUUUAAUAGAUUUUAUAUUUUGUUGUGACGUACGUUGCUCGCGGUUAUCCCUAUUGCUGCGAAUUGUUGCGUAUUAUUGCGUAUAAUCGUUUGAAGACUGACGCAAGAAAGUUUUACAGGGGUCCGUCGAGAGCGGGACGCUCUCGGUCGACUAUCAUUGAUAUUGGAAAGGUACUUAAGUCAAAUUUAGAACGGCGGCUACCGUCUUACUUGAGCGAAAUGACGAUUGAAACAAAGGAAAUUUUUAUUGUACGCAGGGUACGCGAUGCGUUUGCUUUCUAGCACGUAUGGCUACGAAAGUAAUUGAUGUUGUAUAUAUAUGUCCAUGUACAUCGUACGCCGAUAGUGCGUUAAUGUUAAUUAGGCACAAUAGUUUAUUGAAAAUUUGUGAAGAAAAAGCGCAACAUCGAUUCGGAUUGAAAAGGAAAUGUGAUUCUUUAGAAAAUCCGAUUCUCAAGAGGCCGGAGACCUGAUCCGGUGAAAUAGAUAAUUAAUUUGUCGGGGAAAAAAAUGGAUGAAGGCUUAUGUUACGCUCUCGUGACAUUCACAUUAUUAUAUUCAAUAAUUUGCCGACGCCUCAUUGAAUAGUUUAUCAGUUCAGUGUCGCGACGGGUAAUUGAAUUCAAAAUUUGAGAAUACUGGACGCCUUCAUUCAUUCUUCUUUUCGAUUCUACUUGCUGCCGCAAGUAGCAGUUGCACCUCCCUUAGACAUAAAAUCCUAGUCAUUCAGUCUAGCCAUUAUUUAUUGAACGAAGCUCCGAUAUUGUAACGACAUCGUGAAUGUAGAAAAUAUUUAUAAAAAUGACCGUAAACAGUCGUAAGUAAUUUACAACAUGUGCUAUGACGACAACACGUAUGGGAAUAAAUCGGAAGAGAUGCUGGAA